AUGGAACUGGAUCCCAAUAUCGUCGCCAUCUUUGGCCCACCACCCAAAGAUAUGGAUCUCAGCCAAUAUCAGAUCACAACGUACAAUAUUGUUACUUGUGUCAUUCUUGGAAUCGCCUUCUUGGUUGUAGCUUUGCGCUUCUAUGUGAGAAACAUGAAAUCUGCCCAACUGGAGAUGGAUGAUUGGGCUGUGUUGGUGAGCUUGUUUUGUGCUGCUGCUACUGUCUCAAUGACAAUCUUAGCUGGCCAACAUGGAUCUGGAGCACAUGUUUGGUCCAUCAAGAUUAUGACUCUCGUCGAAGUUUUCAAGAUCGUUUACGCCGAGCCUUUCGUAUACGCCCUCGCCGUUACGUCCGUCAAAAUUAGCAUUCUCCUCCUCUACCGUCGGCUGUUCCCGCUCGGCAUCAAUAAGAGUCGUGCUUAUACGAUAAUGUUUUAUGUUGCAACGUUCUUGACGAGUUGCUAUCCCUUUAUACUUUGGAUCACAAUGGCUUUCGCAUGCAAGCCUGUCAGCUUUUUCUGGAACCAAUACAUCGGCGCCGAGGGAAAGUGCAUAGAUGUGAAGCUAUUCUUCCUUGUGCUGGGAGUUAUGAACAUGGUGAAUGACAUUGUUAUCCUAAGCGUCCCUAUUCCCCGUAUCUGGGCUUUGCAAAUGAACAACAAAACCAAGGUUUCAGUUAUCUGCAUUAUGCUUCUCGGUAGCUUUGUCUGUGUCGCCAGUAUCGCUCGCAUCUACUACCUCUGGGGUUUCUUCCAAAACCUCGAUGCCACAUGGUGGAUGGGUCCUUCAUUUGCCUGGUCAAGUCUGGAGCCGUCCGUCGCUAUCAUUUCAGCAUGUCUCCCUACCCUAGCACCUCUCUUCCGACUCGGUCGCAUGAGUGCGACAUCUCGGGGCACGCCUUCUGGGGGAAACGAACUAUCUAAAUCAGGAUCCAAGCAUUUUCAGCUAUUCAGCGUCAACCGAACAAAGGGAACUGGUUUCCAUAGCGACGAUGAUGAGGUUGAGCUUACAUACGAUGUUGGGCGAGGGGGAGCGAGUGAUGCGGCACCUUGGAAUAAUAAAGAGACCAAAGAAUCGUCUGUUGAGCAGGGCAUUGUUGUCUCGACCCAGGUGUCGGUUACACGUCAUGAUAGGAAAGAUCUCAAUGGUAGCAUCUAG